AUGCCGUUUUUUAAAACAACUCAGUUAACACCGCAAUACACAAAACUGUUGGAUGUUAACUCACAGAAAUGUGGACUACGCCAUACAUUUUUCGAGACAAAUGGAGAUGAAUACAACGGAGAGUGGCAGAACAACAAGAAGCAUGGAAUAGGAACUCAGAUUUGGAAGAAAUCUGGAACAUUUUAUAAUGGAGAUUGGAAAUUUGGAAAACGUGACGGAUAUGGCAGAUACUCUGCGUUAGUGCCAAAAACGAAGAACUAUGAGCUCAAGUACGAUGGAAAUUGGAAAAACGGAAAGAAGCAUGGAUAUGGGACAUACUUCUAUAAUAAAUCAACAGUUUAUGAAGGUGAUUGGAGUGAGGACAAUCGUAGUGGCAGUGGGAAAAUACACUAUGAGAAUGGAGAUAUUUACGAAGGAAGAUGGAUGAGGGAUAAGUGUCAUGGACAGGGAAUCAUUCAACAUGUAAACGGAAACAGCUAUGAAGGACUCUGGCAAGAUGGCAAGAAGAAUGGUAAUGGAAAGUUCUACUAUCUUGAAAAAGGGCAAAUUUAUGAAGGCUUUUGGGUGGAUGGAGUGGCAAAAUGUGGGACCCUAUCCUAUGUUGGAAAGGAUGACGCACUAACCCCAAUAAAGCAUCCAAUUCCAAAGGUAGAACUGGUGGAUAUGGAGUUGGUUUUAAGGAAAACCCAGGCAGCCCACCUUGAUCAGCAUAUUAAAGAAGAAAGAAAAAAGAGAGGAAAGAAUUAA